AUGGCGGACCUCGCGAGCCGCAUCACCAAGCCGAGCGACGCACCAGCUGCCGACGCAGCUCCGGCCGCGCCUGCCGCCACUGCCACCGCCGCCGAUAGCACCGCCGCCGAGAAACCGAUUGACGAUGGGGCCAAUAGCGUCGGCCUGGUCCAAUCGACAUACGACGUCGAGGUGAAGCUCAGCGACCUGCAAGCCGACAAGGACAGCCCGCUUUACUCGGGUGUGUCCUCCUUCGAAGAGUUGGGCCUGCCCAAGGAGAUCAACGACGGCCUCUUAGCUAUGAACUUCAAGAAGCCCUCCAAGAUCCAGGAGCGCGCCCUGCCGCUCAUGAUCAGCGACCCGCCCACCAACAUGAUCGCCCAGUCGCAGUCGGGCACUGGCAAAACCGCCGCCUUCGUCCUCACUGUGCUCUCGCGUGUCGAUUUCUCCAAGCCCCAACAGCCCCAGGCGCUGCUUCUCGCGCCCAGCCGAGAGCUCGCGCGCCAGAUUCAGGGUGUCAUCCAGACUAUUGGCCAGUUCUGCCAGAACUUGGUCGUCGAGGCGGCGAUUCCCGGCUCGAUCUCGCGCGAGACGGGCGUACGGGCCAGCAUUGUGGUGGGGACGCCGGGCACCGUCAUGGACCUCAUUAAACGCCGCCAAUUCGAUGUGUCUCAGUUGAAGGUAUUGGUUAUCGACGAGGCCGACAACAUGCUGGACCAGCAGGGCAUGGGUGACCAGUGUGUCCGAGUCAAGGGGCUGCUCCCUAAGACGGUGCAGAUUCUCCUGUUCUCGGCCACUUUCCCCGACAAGGUUAUGAACUUUGCGCGAAAAUACGCCGGGAACGCCAACGAGAUCAAGCUGCGCCACCAGGAACUCACGGUCAAGGGUAUCUCACAAAUGUACAUGGACUGCCCGGAUGAGACAAAGAAGUACGAUGUGCUCUGCAGCCUGUACGGUCUCAUGACGAUUGGGUCGUCGGUUAUCUUUGUCAGGACGCGUGACAGCGCUACCGAGAUCCAACGACGCAUGGAGGCGGAUGGCCACAAAGUCUCAGCGCUCCACGGUGCGCACGAGGGCCAGAACCGCGACGCCCUACUCGACGACUUCCGGUCCGGGCGCUCCAAGGUGCUCAUCACGACCAACGUGUUGGCGCGCGGCAUCGACGUGUCCAGUGUCUCGAUGGUGAUCAACUACGACAUCCCCAUGAAGGGGUUCGGGGAUAAGGAACCCGAUUUCGAGACCUACCUGCACCGUAUCGGCCGCACGGGUCGUUUCGGGCGUGUCGGCGUCAGUAUCAGCUUCGUCUACGACCACAAGAGCUUCGAGGCGCUCUCCAAGAUUGCCGACCACUACCAGAUCGACCUGGUCCAGCUCAGUCCGGAUGAUUGGGAUGCCACGGAGAAGAAGGUGCAGGAGGUGAUCAAAUCUAGCCGGGCGCGCCCCGACUACGCGCCCAACGCGCUUGGCAACUGA